AUCGCUUCCUGUGUUUAUCCUGCAGCUUUUAUAAACCGGGACAACAGACAGAAGUCCCACACUGCAUCAGUUAGUUUCUCGUGCGCUUCCACGCUGUAGGAGCACGCUUUAAAUCUUCUAAACUAUAGCCUAUAGCAUUGCAUAUCCAUUUAAAGUCCAGCUCCCUGUUUCUUUUUGAGUUUCUCCAGGACUGUCCCACCAUGCGUCUCCAGUUCGUCCUUUGCGUAAUGGCCCUGCUCGUCUGCCCGUUUCUGAGCGCCGGGUCGCGGAUAGCCAAACGCUUCGCCAUCGGCUGCUCGGAGAAGUGCGACAAGUCCCAGUGCGCGCCGAUCCCCGCCGACUGCUUGGCCGGAGACGUGCUGGAUCGCUGCGACUGCUGCCCGGUGUGCGCGUCCGGGGAGGGCGAGCAGUGCGGCGGCACUGCAGACCGCGAGUGCGCAGAGGGGAUGGAGUGUGUGGUGACCGACGGCGUGGAGGUGUCCGUCACCGUCAGGCGCAGGGGCAAGGACGGUGUGUGCGAGUGCUCCAGCCCCGAGCCGGUGUGCGGCAGUGACGGGGUCUCCUACCGGAACAUCUGCGAGCUGAAGCGCGUCAGCAACCGGGCGAUGAAGCUGCAGCAGCCGCCGGUGAUUUUCAUCCAGAGAGGAUCCUGCGGGGAAGGUCAGGAGAACCCUGACAGUCUUCGUCACAAGUACAACUUCAUCGCUGACGUGGUGGAGAAGAUUGCACCUGCUGUCGUUCAUAUCGAACUGUUCCGCAAGAUGAUAUUUUCCAAGCGGGAGGUGGCGGUCGCCAGCGGCUCUGGCUUUGUUGUGUCAGAGGACGGGCUCAUCGUCACCAACGCCCACGUGGUGGCCAACAAGCACCGAGUCAAGGUGGAGCUGAAGAGCGGAGCCACAUUCGACGCCAAGAUCAAAGAUGUUGAUGAGAAGGCCGACAUCGCCCUGAUCAAGAUCGAUACACCGAUGAAGCUGCCGGUGCUGCUGCUCGGCCGCUCGGCGGACCUGCGCCCCGGCGAGUUUGUGGUUGCCAUAGGCAGCCCCUUCUCCCUGCAGAACACCGUCACCACCGGCAUCGUCAGCACCACCCAGAGGGGGGGCAAGGAGCUGGGCCUACGCAACUCUGACAUGGACUACAUCCAGACAGACGCCAUCAUCAACUACGGCAACUCAGGAGGACCACUAGUCAAUCUGGAUGGAGAGGUGAUUGGCAUCAACACUCUGAAAGUCACAGCAGGAAUCUCCUUCGCCAUCCCCUCAGACAAGAUCAGACAGUUCCUGGCCGAGUCCCACAACAGACAGGCCAAAGGUAAAACAUUCCAGAAGAAGAAAUACAUCGGCGUCAGGAUGAUGAGUCUCACUCCAACGCUGGCUAAGGAGCUGAAGGAGAGGCAGCCAGACUUCCCAGAUGUCACCUCUGGGGCGUACGUCAUUGAGGUCAUAAGCCGGACUCCAGCUGAGACCGCUGGCCUGCAGGAAAGAGACGUCAUCAUCAGCAUCAACGGCGAGCGCAUCACCACGGCCAGCGACGUGAGCGCCGCCAUAAAGCGGGACGAGACGCUGCGAACGGUGGUGAGGCGAGGCAACGAGGACGUCCUCCUCACCAUCGUCCCCGAGGAGAUCGAGCCUUGACCUCUCAAUGGAAACGAGCAAAACAACCC